GAGCUGAGGCAGUAGCGCGCGAUCCGCCGCGGCCGGCCGCCGUACGCCGCACGCGCGCAACGAACGAACGACCCGCACUCCCGCGCACGAAUUGCAUUGCGAUAUAUCGCAACAAAUAACGAUACCGAUCCGCCCCUAAACAAACGAACCCCUUUUCUUUCGCACCGAUAAACUUUAUAAAUCUACACAGUGCACCAUCUUUAAUAUUCGCGAGGGCGGAUUAUAACGAAUAAAUCGACUAACAAACACGAACCGCUCGAAGGUGUCGCGUCGCAAAAAGCGCAACACAAUAGAGUAAGCGUCUAAUUUUAAACGUGGUUGGUUGAGUUAGCACCGCAAAGAUGCAGAACAUUGAUCCGCUGGAGUUCGCCAAUAUCCUCGCCACCGAGCUAUGGUGCCAACAGUUGGCAAACCUCGAGGGCCUCCAGUCGGGGGUCCCAACCCGCACCACGGCGACCAUCACGCCCACGCAGCUGCGCAACUUCGAGCAGACUUACAUCGAGUUGAACAACUGCCACAGCGAUCAGGCCAAUCACGCGGGCUUCGUACCCCCAUCUGUCACGCAGGCCAAUUACGGCAUACUGAAUCCAGUGGGUUACUGUGAUUCGGGUCCGACGACUCUCCAUGUGUCGCCGGGCCCAUUAUCAGCGAGCGGAGACAGCAGUAGUAGUCCAGGACUUCCCGCGCCCAAACGACGCAAUAUGGGGGGCAGAAGACCGACCAAAGCCCCCCAGGACUUAUCACCCGAAGAGGAAGAACGCAGAAAGAUACGCCGUGAACGAAACAAAAUGGCUGCCGCUCGAUGCAGAAAACGAAGACUCGAUCAUACAAAUGAACUCCAAGAGGAGACUGAUAGGCUGGAAGAGAAGAAACAGGCAUUACAGGAUGAAAUUAGAAAGUUAAAUUCCGACAGAGAUCAGUUACAAGCAAUAUUGCACAACCAUUUACCUCUGUGCCGGCUCAACAAGAGGUCGAGCAGUCCGCCCGACGUGAAGCCCUUCCAAGACCCCUACGUGCUUCCCGAAAUACCGCAAGACGGCGUUAGAGUGAAGGUUGAAGUGAUGGAUCCCGCGGUCGACCCCGUGCUCGCUUUAGAUAAUGAUAUCUUUACCUCGCCGACACCGGACAAAAGGAUAAUGUUGUCGGCGGCGAACCCGGCGGUGGUGACGAGCGCGGCGGCGCUGUCGCUGGACACGCCGCCCGCGCACGCGCCCGCGCGACCCAACAGACCCAACUUCCUGCAGGUGCCGCUCACCGUCACACCCGCACAGGUGAGAUUUAACAGAUAACGGCC